AUGAAAAGUUCUAUCUCCGGCACGAUUGUUCUUCUGGAAACUCUGGUCCAACACUCCACAGCCUGUCUGGUGAAUAAAGAUAGCUUCUGGGAGGAUAUAUCUGGGUUUAGCUUCCCGAUCGAGGCUGGUCCGAUCUACCAGACCCUGGACAGAUGCCUGAGCAACUCUCCCCACAUAAUCGACGGAGAGCCCGCCUUGCCCAGGGAGUUCCCCCAUGCCGCUCGCCUGGGACAUCGAAACUACAAGGGCCAAGUGGAGUGGUUCUGUGGAGGAACACUCAUCAGCGACAGGCACGUGCUCACCGCAGCCCAUUGCCACUAUUCCCCACAAGGUUCAGUGAACAUCGUGCGCCUGGGAGACUUGGAUUUCGACACCAACUACGACGACGCAGAUCCCGAAGACUUCAUCGUCAGGUACUUCACAAUUCACCCCGGUUACUACUAUCCGGAAAUGUACAAUGACAUAUCCGUGCUGAGGUUGAGUAGACCCGUAAUCUUUAACGAGUACAAGCAACCUGCUUGUCUGCCCUUCGACGAUGGGCGAUCGGUACCCUCCUUUAUAGCCAUCGGUUGGGGUCAGCAGGGGAGCGUUCCGAGAACUGAAAACAAGAGACUGCAGAAGGUAAGGCUGUUUAACUAUGGAACGCACUGCAGGAUCACGGCGGAUAGAAAUGAUGAGUUCCCCGUGGGUUACAAUGCCACCACCCAACUGUGUAUCGGAUCCCAGGAGCACAAGGACACCUGCAACGGCGACUCCGGCGGACCGGUGCUCAUAUGCCACGAUGAGCACCCGUGCAUGUACCAUGUGAUGGGUAUCACAUCCGUCGGAGUGGCCUGCGACACACCUGAUGUUCCGGGCAUGUACACAAGGGUGCACUUUUACCUGGACUGGAUUAAGCAGCAACUGGCCAAAAAAUAGAUUUAAAUUAGAAAAGAUAACCUUACUAUCAGACGUAGUAGUUUUCAAAUAUAUUUUUUAUGUUUAUGUAAUAUAUUAGUAUUUAAAUAACCUUUACCUUUACCCAGUAAGGUACAAUAUAA